AUGACUCAGAGAAGCCAUCAGAAGACAGAUGUGAACUUGUACAAAGACCGCGUGGAGGGGGAACUCUUUAAACUGCUGACAUAUCAGGCCGAGGCUGCCGUGGCUCAGAAAGACUUUCACACCGCAUCGGCAAGGAUUCAGAGAUGCAAAGACAUGUUGCUGAGGCGACCAAAACAGGCCGCUUACCUGUCUGUACUGUGUUACAAUUUUGGAGUGGACACGUAUGAAGAUAAACUGUAUGAACAGAGUUCCUUCUGGCUCAGCCAAAGUUAUGAGAUCGGUAAGACCGAUACGCUCUACAGCACGGGACAUGAGAUGCAGGCUAAAGUCCUCCGGCUGCUUGCAACAGUGUAUCUGGAAUGGGACUGCAAAUUACACCAAGAUAAAGCACUAAAUGCCAUCAGAUUAGCAAACAAGGAACACCUCCAUCCAGCCGGUCUUUUUUUGAAGAUGAAAAUCCUGUUGAAUGGCUCCUUGCCCGACAAUGUCAUUUCCAUGGCGGCCGCGGAGAUGCUGCGACAUGACCUAUCCCUAGAUGUGUAUCUAAGCACUGUGAAGCUCCUCAUACAACACGAAAGGGACUGCGUGGGAUUUGACUUCCUGAAAAUGGUUUGCACCCACUUUGAGUCUACUCCUGAUAAUGAGAAAGUUCUACUUCUACAAAUUGAACUUUUGGCAAAGCGAGGAAAGGGGCUGAUGGCACGACAGAAAGUAGAAGACUUAAUAACAGGACAUUACAGUGGGAAACCGCUGUCUUCUAAGACCUUGAAUGAUUUGCAUGUCAUUUUGUGGGACUUUGCUGCUAAAAGCUUCGAGAGGAAAAGCUACUCCGAGGCCAUGGAAUGGUACAACUAUUCGUUGGGUAUUUAUGCUUCAGACUGCACUGAAACCAGCUUUGCCAAACUCCAGAGAAACCGAGCUUCCUGCUUCCUGCAUCUCGACGAACUCUCCCAGGCAAGAGAAGCAGUGACUGCAGCUGAGAAAUGUGACCCAGACAACAUCCUCACUCAUUUUAUCCUGUUUAAGAUCGCAGUUCGAGGAAAUAAUGAGUUGGACGCUUUGAAUGCUGUCACUGCUAUGGGGAAGAUGGCGACUCAGACAGAUAGCAUGACACCUAUUAUGGACCAAUACUAUUCAUCUACUGACCUCCUCAGUAUGGCAGCACAAAUAGCAUUGGAGAACAAUCAACCGAAAAUAGUUGUGAAAGCUCUGGAGUGUGUGAUUGAACAUUCCCAGGACACACAGCAAGUGUUCAUCUCACUCAGAGACCAUGAUACGGAGAUCUUGAUGUCUUAUUUAGAUAUAGCUCACAAAAAGCUUGCAGAGCCUCUGGCAUGGAACGGACUGCAGGACAAGCACAUAGAUGAAGCUCACUGGUUCCGGAAAAUUGCAUGGAACUUGGCUGUCCGGGCUAAGGAGUCCCCUCUGUUGAUGAGAGACUGCUUUCUUCUUUCAUACAAGAUCUCAUUGUUCUGCCCUUGUGACAAGAUAGUGCUCGUGGCCCAGAGGUCGUGUUUAUUGAUGGCGGCCGCACUGGACCUCGAACUGGCAAGGAAGGCCGCAGAUCACUCAGAGCAGGUUCAGCUCCUUGUCCACUCAUUGGAAAACAUUAACUUAUGUCGGGAGAUAUGGAAUAACCUGAAGUCUGCAGGUGAAUUUUCUAAUGACGACACUGAAACCCUCUUAGUGCUGUAUGAGUUUGAAGUCCGAGCCAAGUUAAAUGAUCCAGCACUGGAGAGCGUGCUGCAGUAUGUGUGGGAGCUGCCCAACGUCAAUGCCAAGACCAUGGAAUCCAUUGCAUCCUUGUCCAUGGAAGCCCCCGCGUAUUACCCAUCUAUAUGCAAGAAAGCCCUUCAAGGUGCAUUUUCACUUCUUAGGAAGCAGGACUCCCUGGAUGUGUCCAGAAUCAGUAAGUGUCUGCAUAGUCUGGUGAAGCUGAGCCUACCUGAGAUGCUUCAAGAGCUGGAGGACUGCGCGCAGGAGGAAGCCUGGAACUAUUACCAGGAGGCACUUUGUAUCAUCUCCACUGGUGAGGACUAUCCAGAGACUGAGACGUUGUGGCUGAUGACCCGAGCCUGGAACACCGGGAUCUUCCAGUACAGCGCAAAGAGAUUCCCGGAUGCCGGACGCUGGUGUGCAUUGGCCAUGCGUCUGCUUGACUACCUGGGAUCUCUGAGGAAGAGCUACGAAAGCAAGAUGACGGAACUCUACAGUCACAUUCAGGACAAGCUGGAUAAAGGAGCCGCGAGGGGUCAGUAA